AUGGAUUCUCAACCGUCAUCCAAAGCGCUUCACUAUCGCAUCAACACCAACAUCUCGCAAUUACUCCAACGGUUCGAGAACAUCAUGGCCACAGCAACUACCGAAAGCACCAGCCACACCUCCACCGCCGUCGAGACAUACCAGCUCGACGUGGAGUCCACAGCAUUAGUCCGCGCCGCAGAAGACAUCCUCGCCCUAACCAGAACAAUGAAAGAAACCUGGCUAUUCGGGAAACUCGACACACUAGGCGAAGACGAAGCGGACGUGAAACGGCGCGAGGAAUUAGAGAUGAAUGCGGAGGCGAUUCAAAAGGCUAUUGAAGAUGGGGGGUUUUUGAAGGCUGCUAAGUGA